AUGAAUUCACCAAUUGGUAAUUGCAUGCCUUUGUUACUUGGUGAAAAUGAUGCUACUAGUAAUGUUCAAAAUCCAUUUACUUUUGAGCAUAGAUCAGAAGAGGAUGAGGAAGACGAAGAAGGAAGACAAUGUGAUGAUGACAGUGUAGGAGCCGAGGAUGUUCAUAAUGAUGAUAAUCAAGAUAGGGAAGGUAGCUCGCCUUUUUUAGCUGUUCGUGAGGCAAUUGAAAGAGAACAAAUGAGAUAUGUGGCUGUGGAUGGGGAAGGAUGUAACUUGUCAAACAAUCCAGAUACAGAGGAUUUAGAUGACCUAAUUGAAUUAUCUCCAAUGCAAUAUCAUUUAGCACCAUCACCACAGUUUGAAAAUGUUGAAAACAUUGGUCAUGUUGUGUCAAGUGAAUGGACCCCAUGGGGAAACACUCUUAUGGGACAUCCAACUGGAGAGUUCAUAGUUGGACAAAUAUUUACUUCCAAAGGAGAUUUGCAACAUGCUGUAAAGAUGUACUCUAUUAAUUCGCACCAAGAGUAUAUCGUUUUGUCAUCCACAAAGAAAUUGUUGGUCCUAAGAUUGGCUGCCAUUCAAGCAAGUGUUGUAGAAAGAUUCGGGUACCAUAUCUCAUACACUAAGGCUUCGAAAGGCAAGCGUAAAGCAUUAACUAAUUUGUUUGGUGAUUUCUAUAAAUCAUACGCUAAACUGCCACAUUUUUUUGGUGCCUUGGAGCAAGCCAAUCCAGGAUGUAUUGUAAUUUCUAAAACAUUCCCAGGAAAUAUGCGAAAUGAAGAGGUACUUCAGCGAGUCUUUUGGGCAUUUCAUCCUUCCAUAGAGGGCUUCAAGCAUUGUCAUCCUGUGUUAACUAUUGAUGGUACACACUUGUAUGGGAAGUAUAAGGGCACUGUAAUGAUUGCCAUGGGCUGUGAUGGAAAUAAUCAAUUGUUUCCUCUUGCUUUUGCAUUAACUGAGGGUGAAAAUGUUGAUAGUUGGGGAUGGUUUUUGGCAUGUAUUAGAAAUCGAGUAACUCAGAGGAGGGGUCUUUGUGUUAUCUCUGAUCGUCAUCCAGGCAUUAUGGCUGCGUUUGCUGAUGUUUAUCUUAGUUGGUCUGAGCCAAAUGCAUAUCAUCAAAUUUGUAUGCGCCAUCUUGCUAGCAACUUUAUGACUCACUUUAAGGACAAAUGCUUGAAACAACUUUUAUGCAGAGCCGCCUUAGAAACUAAGGUAGAAAAAUUCAACAUGCAUAUGGAGACAAUUGGGAGAAUCAACCAAGACGCACUCAGCUGGUUGGAGGUUAUUCCCUUUGAGAAAUGGGCACUAUCACAUGAUGGAGGUCGACGAUAUGGCAUAAUGACUACAAACAUGUCAGAAAUGUUCAAUAGUGUGCUUAAAGGGGCACGAAGUUUCCCUAUCACCGCAUUUGUUCAAUUGACAUUCUAUCGAGUUAAUAGUUACUUUGUUGUAAGAAGAGAACAUGGUGUUAGUCGACUUGCUUCAGGUGAACAAUACACUCCUUAUGUUGAUGCUAAGAUUAAUGCAAAUGUUGUUAAGGCAGGUUCUCAUGAGGUUGUUUUGUAUGAUCACUUCCAAGGACUGUUUCAUGUGAAGGGUAGUAAAAAGACAUCAUCUGGUGGAAGAACACAUCGUGUUAACUUACGUGAGCAUGGAUGCACAUGUGGCAAAACACUCAUAUAUGGAUUCUCAUGUAGUCAUUUUCUAGCGGCAUGUCAUUUUCGUUCAAUUGAUUUUAGAUCAUUUGUUCAACAUUAUUACACUAUACAAUCGUACUUUAGCACUUGUGCACCACUGUUUAACCCCAUACACAAUGAGUACGAGUGGCCACCAUAUGUUGGUCCAGUUAUUGUGCCUGCAGAUUCAAUGAAACGUGUGUCAGGUGGACGACCUAAAUCUACUCAUUUGCACAAUGAAAUGGAUGUUAGAGAAGGUUGUUUAUACGGGUACCUAGAGGACAUCGAGCUCCACGUGUACGUCGAGUUCUACCUCCAUCAGUUCCAUCUAUCUCGACAGCUCAUGUAG